AUGUAUAACAAAUUAAACACAGAGGACUAAGAUACCGCUAUAACUUAAAAUUCUUAAGCUCACAAAGGCUCUGGGGAAUUCAAAGGAAUCAAAGAGUAAUCCUAACUCCAGAAAAUCAAUGAAAUGAAAACUUCAAAGCAAUUCCUAGAAGAAUGCACUUACUACAUUGGAUUGACUGACCUCUAUCAGUUCCACUCAUCCUGCUACAACAACGAAACAAUGCCAUAUUGCCCAGUUUUAGUCAAGAUUGUUCACGAGGAGAUCAGGAAGACUUAUAACAACGCUUAGUAUCUUUUGCAAGUCUGGAAAAGAGGAGGCAAAAAAGUUUAUGAAAGAGCUCUGCAAGACUAAGUUAGAAUUUGGUCCAUCUCAUACAAGCAAUUUAUCUAUCAGCCAGCAGCUGGUGAUGUUGACAGUGAUUACAUUCAUAUUGUUGAUUUCUCAGACGAUUAAAAGGUCCAUCUUGUCAGAAAUACUUUCUCUGAUCAGACUUACAAAUUUCUGACAUAUUCAAACAGCGCUAUCUACAUUGCUAACAAUUUCACAAUCAAAUAUAUUGCUGUAGACCUUGAGAAGAGUGAUGGUCGUAUCGAGGUUGAUCCAGAGGAUAUCCUAGAAAUCAAGCUUGAGAAUGAACACGGCAACAACCAAACUCCCUGCAAGCUCCUCGCCAUGUUGAGUCACAGAUUUAUUGACAAAAAUGGCAAGUAAAUGCCUCACCCAUCAAUCAUUACAUGUAUUGAGAGUGUGCAAUCUAUUGUAGACUACAGUUUCCUAACAGUUAAGAAGAGCUAGUCUCUCAACUCCAACCAGAAGUACGAAUACGAGCUCAGUCAGUACAGAGAGAUCAUUCAACAAAAGAACUACACAAAGCCUGAUAGAAUUCUGAAGUUUGAGGCAGUUAUUGCAGCCAAAAACUAAUUCGUGGUAGCUGUUGCUCAAAAGGAAUCUGGCAAAUUCGAUAUCUAUUACAAUGCCUUCAGAGUAUCUCAAUGUGAAGAAGCUACUGUCAAUAAUGUCGAACUGACAUUUGAUACACUCUAUCUUGACAUGAAAUAAGAUCCAUUUAUGACAGAUAAGGAGAGAGCUCAAGGAAAAAGAGAGAGAGUAAGAGCCAUCCAUUAUCAUUGGGAAAACAAAAUGAAUUUCCAAAACUCAGAAUAUGAUGAGCACUUUACUAUGAAAAACAUUUUCUUCUAGAAAAUCAAGAACUAUUGCAAAUUAUUCAAUAGUUUCAAUUUAUUGGGAACUGUCCUUGGUAUAGCUCAUGGAAAAAUGAUUUCUAUCUUCAGUAUUCUCUCUUAAGUGUGGAUCAGUCACUUCAGAUACGAUAGUGAGAUCGUUGCACUUUUCAGAUCAGCUUUUGGGUCAACUCCUUAGAUUACUAUCCUUUUGGCAGACAAUAGCCUUAAGGUCAUUUAUUCUGACAGAAGAUUAGCCUAAGCUAGAACAGACGAUUAAGAGGUCUGGGUUGAGGAUAAGAAUAAACAUCUUGACUUACCAAAAGGAAAGAUCUCUCAUUAAGCCUUCGACUUUGAAGACAACAAAUGGGUGUUGUUCUUAAUUAAAGUUGAAAAGCAUGAGAAAAAGCUUAUAGCUUUGACAGACAACAAGUUAUACGAUGUGACUGACUAGAUUCAUAAGUUUGGAUCAAAGACUAAUAUUUUCUUCCUAUAUUCAGUUUGUGAAUUCACUGAAUUUGUUAUGUAAUACGGAAAGAAAGUAAAGGUCUACGAAAUCCUUAUGGAAGAGGAUAUUCCUAUGGAAGAACGUAAGAGAAGAGAGCAUGCUAAGCUAGAGAUUAAAGAAGAUUAAGAUUAAGAUGAUGACGACAAGCAUAAACAUAAGCAUCAUCACCAAGAAGAGGUCAAAGUCUAUGAAUUCAAGCCUGUAAUUCAUCUUAAGUAAAAGUUCAAAAUCCCUGAGAUUCAGCACUAAUGCGGUGCUGGAGUUAAGUUCAGACUUCACAAAGCACAUGAAGAUGAAGAAGAAGGUACUCAUGUACAUAAGGAGCAUCUUUACCUUAUCAUUGGAGACUACCACAAUUUCUACAAGAUUGAUCUCGAAACUGGUGAGUGCAAAGUUUUUGAAAAUUAAAACACUGUUGGUAUGUACUUCUCUGAUAACAACUACCUUUACACAUUAUCUCAUAGAAGUGAUGCUAAGAGAGCAGGUUUCAGACUCUACGACAUUGAAAAUGUCAUUGAGCAAAACAAGGAUUACUCUUACACUCUAUCAACUGAUGUACAAGUUGGUUGUCAGGGAUACAUUGACUUUAGUCCAGCAACCCAAAGAAUUGUUUUCUAGUCUAACUACGAGAAAAUAGAAGUUGUUCCAGUCCUUCACAGAAACACAAUUAACUUCAUUGGAAUGAGACCAAGAAAUUAUUUCCUUGCAACAAAGGUCAUUGAUGGCUACUUAUAUGCCUUGAGCAUUAAAGGAAAGCUUUACUCUUGGGAUAUGAUUACUGGUAAAAUGGUUGAUACAAACGCUCCAGUUUACAAGAACUUAGCUGAUUAUGAGGUUUAUCAGUGGGAUAAAGACAAGAAAAUUGAUCAAGUCUAUCAAAAAGAAUGGUAUCACAGAAUCCUUCUAAAGAAAAAGACUCCUGUUCCAAAUUUUGACGAGAAAGCAUAUUACUAGAACGCGAGAGAUCAUGCUAUCAAGGGUCAAACUUCCUACAUUGAUAUGCAAGGAAAGCAAUUCUUUGAGUUCAAGUUGAUUGAAAUUAUCUCUGGAAAAGAAGUUAAAGAGCAUUUUACUUUUGUUCAUCCAUUCUACAACAAUAUUCAACAAUUUAUUUACUUCAGCAAUGACCUCACUUACAUGUAUGAGAGACUUAAGUACGACAGAUAGUUCCUCUACAUCAGAAAAGACGACUAUAAUGGUCAAGUUGUUUGGAUGUUUAAACACAGGUUUAAUGAGGUCCCAAAUGAUCUCCUUCACAUUACUCAGUAUCCAUUCAUCUUCUCUCCAGGCUUUACCAAAUAUAUUGACAUUGAUAACUCACAUACUCAUUUCAUAAUUAGAGAUACUCUAAAUAAUGAGGAAAAAAUUUGCGACAUUCCUUUACAAUUAAUGAGCUCUCAAGGAGAAGAACUUGUAGAUGUCGCAAAGAGAUUCAAAUGGGUUGAUGAGGAAACUAUCCUAGUUAUUAAUAAUGAAGGUAUUGAGAGAUUAGUAGAUGUGAGCAAUAAUUUCUAAGAAAUUCAGUUCAAUGCUAUUCCUUUGUAUAGCGAUGAAUUAGCAAAGCAGAGUCACUAUAUCCUAGAUUCACCAUCAUUUGGGGAAUCAGACACAUUCGUGAGACUUCAAAGAAAAUAUCAAUAAUACAAAUCAGCUUACUAUCUCCAAAAUAAGAGAGAUGUUGAUGGUAAGAUCAGCUCUUAUCAUUUGUACCAAAGUCUCUUCUCUAUUGAUUACAGAAUUGAAAAUUGUUCACACAGAUAUGUUGCCGACAUGAGUUUCACUUUCCUACAUUGGAGUUUAAUUGAGUAACUCAAGUCAGGAAAACUCAGUAUUGAUCAAAUUGAUCUUGAAUAAGUUGAGCAUCUUUUCUACAAUAUCCUUCCAGGUGGAAAUACCAUCAUUCACUUAUUGCAUGAUAAAGGGGAACUCUUAGAAAAGAUUAUGAGACUAGCCCAUUACAAGGAUGACAAGCCAGAAUUAGUCAUUCAUGUUCCCUUCUUGCAGAAUAUGGAGGAGAAAUCACCCAUCCACUUGUGUGUAGAAAAUACUGAGUACAGAUAUAUCAAUAUGUUCUUGGAGUACUUGCAACUCUAUCCAAUUGAUCAUCAUUCAAGAGCUAUAUCUGAUGAGUAUCAUAUUAUGAUUGAGCAUUCACUGCCCAAUUUCAUUCCUUAUUUGGAGUCAAGAGUUCUACAAACUAAUUCAAUCAAGAAGAUUACAAAGGGUAUGUUGAAAGUAACAAAUAAGCAUCACGUUUGUGCUUCAUCGAUGUGGCAUUCUCAAUAAGAUAUCGAUCAACUCCUCUAACCAGCUCCUAUUGAACAAGAUAUCAAGCUAUCAUUCUUAGAUGUACCAGGCCUUCACGAUUUCAACACUGAAAAUGGAAUCGCUUUCUUUGAACAGCUAGCUGAGACUGAGGAUAUGAAACUAUUCGAAACUCACGGAAUCAAGAAAUUGAUUGAGUUCAAAUGGCCAUUGAUCUUCAAAUAUACUCUCAUCAAGCUAUUCAUUCCAUUCUUGAUAUAUCUCACACUAUAUAUGACUUUAAUGCAUAGUAUGAUCUACGUAGGAGAUAGUAAAGAUUCUUGGUAUUCGUACUUACUACAAAUAUCAAUUGUUGUGUUUUCACUUUACUUCCUCUCCAUCGAAACCUACCAAAUGAUACUUUCAGGGUUCUCAUACUUUAUGUCAUUCUGGAAUUACUUGGAUUAUAUCCCACCUGUAAUGCUUUUAAUCUUCCUCGUUUUCGCUUAACAAGGCAAAUUCGGAAAUAGAAAAGAUGAGGAGUGGAUUACCAUUGAAGCUUCAAUGUAAGCAACCAUGAGUUUAAUGCUCUGGCUUAAAAUGCUUUACUUCUUGAGAAUCUUCAAGACUACUGGCUAUCUAGUCAGAAUUAUCAUUGAGGUUAUUGUUGACAUGAGACACUUCUUGUUUAUCCUUCUCUUAACCUUCAUUGCCUUUGGUGAUGCUAUUUACAAUAUUAACACAUCCAACAACGUUGAAUUCAUUGGAGGCGGUUAUAUCGGUUCCAUUAUUUACAUCUACAGAAUGUCUCUUGGAGAUUUCUCAAUGGAUGAUAUCGGAAGUGUUGCCACCACAUACAUUUGGAUUCUCUUCAUGCUUUGCACUAUCUUCAACUUGAUUAUCAUGCUUAACCUCUUGAUUGCCAUUAUUUCAGAAUCUUUCACUAGAAUUAAUGAAGAGAGAGAGCAAGCUGGCUAUCAAGAGAAGGCUGCUUUCAUUUCUGAGAACCUCUACUUGGUUCCAUCUUCAGAGAGAAAUUCAUUCUGUCUUCCCAAGAGAUACCUCUUAUUCGCCGUAGAUGCUGAGGAGGAGUUAGCUGAAUACCAAGAGUCAGUCGAUGAAAAGCUUGCCAAACUCAAGAGAGACAUCUUCCAGAACAACAAAAAGAAUGUUAAGAAGAUUGUUGAAGAGAUGUUUGAGUAUCACACCUAAGUCAUGAAAACCCUUAGACCAGAUAUUCGCAGUGUUCAUGGUCUCUCAGGACAUCAAACUCCUGGCCAUGGCUAUAGCAGCAGCCACCAUUGA